CACUGCCUCUCCGUCUGCAAGUGCCGACAGAUCCAGGCAACAAUUUAAAAUAGUUGGACUCUUCUUUUUUGGCCAUUUAUAGCGCCUGCAAUCCAAUGUCAGUUUUCAGCCGCCAGUAGCGCGCAAAGUGAGGUCUCUACUCGAAAGUUCUGAAGACCGAACAAGUUCCGCGGAUGCACUUUUAAGUGAACUUUUUUCUUCCUCUCGACGCGACGAUUCCUUGCGCUUUCUGGAUCGUGGAAUGGCAGAGAAAAGGCGAUCGCCGUGCACGAUGAGUUUGAAAGCUCACGCGUUCUCGGUGGAAGCGCUCAUUGGAGCGGAAAAGAAAAGAAAGUUGGAAGAGGAUGGCGAAAACUGCCUCGAGGAAGUGACUGAAUUAUCGAAUCAAAGUGAGAGUCCGCGACACAAAGCGGACAGGACGUGUACCGCCGACCGAAGUUGCGACAUAGACUGUGCAAGUGAUGGGUCCCCAGAUUGCGAGGACGUGUUGUCAGACAGCCCGCGGCCCUCCUCGCAGUGCUCCGCUCCUGUCAUCGCGGCCCAGGCUGGGUCGGGGCCUGCGGAAGAGAUGCGCGUGGACCUCCAGGGCUCGGACUUGUGGAAACGAUUCCACGAGAUCGGAACGGAGAUGAUCAUCACAAAAGCUGGAAGGCGGAUGUUUCCAGCUAUGCGCGUGAAGAUCUCUGGUUUGGAUCCGCAUCAGCAGUAUUACAUCGCAAUGGACAUCAUCCCAGUGGACAACAAGCGUUACAGGUACGUGUAUCACAGUUCAAAGUGGAUGGUAGCCGGAAACGCGGACUCGCCCGUGCCUCCGAGAGUAUACAUCCAUCCGGACUCCCCGGCCUCCGGAGAGACGUGGAUGCGACAAGUCAUCAGCUUCGACAAAUUGAAACUCACCAACAACGAACUGGACGACCAAGGACAUAUAAUCCUGCAUUCAAUGCACAAGUAUCAGCCAAGGGUGCAUAUUAUCCGCAAGGAGUGUGGAGAGGAUCUCUCUCCGGCGAAGGCCGUCCCGGUCGGAGACGGAGUGAAGGCUUUCUCCUUUCCGGAAACCGUUUUUACUACAGUAACAGCAUACCAGAAUCAACAGAUCACAAGGUUGAAAAUAGACAGAAAUCCGUUUGCGAAAGGAUUUCGGGACUCUGGACGAAAUAGGAUGGGGCUGGAAGCUCUGGUGGAGUCCUACGCAUUCUGGAGACCGUCUCUAAGAACUCUGACAUUUGAAGACAUCCCUGGAAUGGCUAAGCAAGGCGCCCCGGGGUCUCACGGCCUCCUGCAGUCGGGUCCGGGCGGCAUGACGUCGGCGCACUCCCUGCUCUCCUCCUCGCCCUGCGCCUCCCCGGCCUUCCACCUGGGCCCCGCCGGGGGCCAGCUCUGCGGCCUGGGCCCCGCUGACUACUCGGCCUGCGGCCGGCCCGGCCUGGCCCUCAACCGCUACGGCAGCGCCCUGGCCGAGACCUACAGCCGCCUGGCCGGCCCCGGCGACGGCAGCGGCUUCCCCGCCCCGCGGACUGCCGUCUCCUAUGGCGGGAGCGUCGCCACGGCGACGGGGGGCGGCGGCGGCGGCGGGGGCGACGGCGGUGAGGCCUUCGGCUGCCCCCAGGCCGGCCUCCAGCUCCAGAUCCCCGGCAUGCCGGCCCCCCAGCUGCAGUACGUCCUGCCCGGCUCCCCCGGCAACGCCUUCGCGGUCAACCAGGGCCACCAGGGAACGUACAACGGCUUCCGGCUGCACAACCCCUACGGCCUGUACGGAUACAACUUCUCCACGUCCCCCCGGCUGGCCGCCAGCCCAGAGAAGAUCGUCUCCUCGCAGGGCGCUUUCCUGGGCUCCUCCCCCAGCGGCACCAUGACGGACAGGCAGAUGCUCUCCCCCGUGGACGGUCUGCACAUGCUCAGUGGCGGCGGACAGCAGAACCUCUUCGACUCGAGGACUUUGGGCCUGGGCAGCCUGGCCGCCACGACGACCUCGCAAGUCUCCGCCCACAUGGUGUGAGUCUCCGCCCCACGUGGCGAUAGUCUCCACCCACUUUGUGUGAACCUCCGCCCACUUUGUGUGAGUCUCCGCCCACUUUCACACGUGCUGUGAAUCUCCUGACGGUUUCCGCCGUGGUCGCGCUGGUACGUUUUGCUGCCUCAUGGUUAUUGUAGUUUUUUUUGGUUUUUUUUAAGGACUGCACCAGUACUUCAAGCAUUGACUUAUUGAGGUUGGCAGAAAAAAAUAUUCAAGACUGGAAAAGGGCUGCUUCAUAUGUUUGGAAAUGGACUGAUUUCAAGUGGGGACAGUGUGCCAAGCGGUAUGUGAGAAAGGGAGGGAGGGGGGUAGAGAGGGCAAGAAAUAAAGACAGUGAAACAGAUAGAGGGAGAGAGAGAAAC